AUGCCCUGCGGACCAGUCCACGACAACUUUACCAUCCCUGGCUUUACCCGAACCCAGUUCCCCAUUCGCACGUGCUUCGCCCUUACAACGAAAAAAGCCCAAGGCCAAUCCUUCGGUGGCCGCACUGGUCUCGACUUACGAGAUCACUGCUUCUCGCACGGUCAACUCUACGUCGCAUUAUCGAGGACUACUCACCUCAGCAACGUCACUAUCCUCACUCGAGAGUCCGAUGAAACAACAGGAAAAGUAAUGUACCAAGAGGUCCUUCAGUAA